AGCCUUCGGACUGAGCUCAUUAGUUCCAUUUGUGAGGUCAGAAUUUCCCCGAUCAGAUUGCUCGCUCGUGACUGAACUAUGGCUCCCGUGCAAGCCCCAUCAUCAUCUCGUUUGAGACUUUUCGUAGACAAAAAGAAAAACAAAGUGGUUGUGGCCGAAGCAAGUGCAGACUUCAUUGACGCUCUCCUCAGUUUCUUAACGCUUCCACUGGGAACCAUCAUUCGCCUUCUGUCCAACAAGCAAACCCGUCGAUCAUCAGCAGAGGUUGGUUGCAUCAACAACCUCUACCAAAGUGUCCAAAAUUUCGACACAGAGGAGCGAGGUGCUCAUGUGGGAAACUGAUGGAGCAAGAGACGAAAGUGGUGGGGGAGGAAGAUAAUAAUCCCAAAGGAGGUGUUUUUGUUAGAGGCGAGAGUAUGUAUUUAAUCUUUGAUGAUCUAACGGUUCUUCAGAAUUCUGCAUGU